AUCCGGCGCCCAGACAAACGACAUCCACACAGGAUAGAACUCUACCACACGGAAACAAGACAAAUCCCCAACCAAGUGAGCUUUCUUGUUUAUCCUUAGAAUCCGCAUCGGAAUCCACCAUGAACCGAAGGCCCAACCCCGCACGGGAGUUGACAGCCGGUCCAUCCAAGCGGACUCGGGGUCAGGUUUCCUUGGCUGAGGAAUCCGUCGCAUCCAACGAGGAUCCCGCUGGCGGCACUGCUGCCGAGACAAACCCACGCAAGGCGCGCAAGGUCAGCAGGGCCUGCGAUUACUGCAAGACUCGCAAGGCAAAAUGCAGCGGCACGCAACCUUGUGACAAGUGCAUCCAGAGAGGCCGGCCGUGUCAGUAUGAUGCCAAGUACUCGCGCGGCCGCCCCCCAACACCCCCGCAGUCCUCAACGCUCUCCACAUCCGCCCCCGUGGUCAAUCCCGCCAGCCCCCGCCAAACUUCCGAGUCCGAGAUCCGGCAGCCAAGCGUCCACACCGGCAGCCUCCACCCUGACCCCAAUGCCGGCUCCGUUCCGGCCUCGCGCGCCUCCCCGGAGCACGCCAUGGCCGAGAUCCAGGGCCAGGUCUUUGACACCACGUCGGGAGUGACAUUUCUGCACCGCGCAUCCCGCCGUCUCGCGCGGCAGCGUGGCCCAGCCUCCUCCCUACCGUUAGAUGACCACCCCUCCCAUGCCGUUCCUCCUGACAGCCGCCAGCCCGUCAUGUCAGCAGGCGACCUCCCGCUGCCACAGUUUGGCACCCGCCGCGGCAUCGAUCCCGACCCGCAGCUGCUCGCCGGCCUCCCGCCGCGGCGCGAGGCCCAACGACUACUGGCCAUGUACUUUGACGCGUGCGUCGUCACGUACCUGAUCCUGCACCAGCCGCUCGUCGAGGCCUGGCUGUCGGCGAUGCAGGACGACGUCGAGCGGGGACUGCCCGGGUGGCGGCGCGUCGGCACCGCGCGGGCUGCCAUAGUCCUUGGCGUGCUCGCCAUCGCGGCGGCGCACGAGGACCGCGCCGAGUCGCCUCCUCCGGACUCUCCGCAAGCCGCAGAAGCAGGGGGAGGAAUUCGCGGGCAGUAUCACGAUAGGCUGUUUUGCGCAUCGCAGGCGCUCGUCGAGGCAGAGACGGGAUCGCCGCGGCUCGAGUCGGCGCAGGCGAGAUUGAUCCAGACGCUAUACCUGCUUACGACGUCGCGGAUGAACAGGGCGUGGUAUACGUUUGGCGACGCGCUGCAGAUGAUAUCUGCGCUGGGUCUGCACAGGAAAGCGGCGCGGGGGAUAGGUGGGUGUGACGGGUUGGACUAUAUCCAGUCGCAGCUGCGGAUCCGGACUUUCUGGACCGCUUACAUCCUCGACAAGUACAUUGGUGUCAUCAUGGGUCGGCCGAGGCACUACCACGAUGAUGACAUUGAUCAGGUGUACCCGGACAGGGUGGAUGAUGAGGAUGCGAAUGCGCAAGGGCCGAUAGAGGUCGAUGACUUUCCAGACUGCCAUGUGGAUGCGUUGAUCUGCCAUGCCAAAAUCGCCCGCAUAAUCGGAGCCAUAUCCCGCAAAGUCUACUCCAUAAAACCCAUGACCGAACAAGCUCGCUGCGACGCCGCCCGCCGCCUGAGCCAGGACCUGCGCUCCUGGAAGGCCUCGCUGCCGCCUCACCUCGGCGCCAUCCGCCCCUCCAUGCUGGGCGGCUUCUACCGGCGCCAGUCCAUGGUCCUCCGCUUCGCCUACUGCCACGGCGUCAUGCACGCCAACCGGCUCUUUCUGUUAUCGUCUGGCGGGGGCGAGAGCAGCAACGCGGCGGCGGUCAGCGAGUGCGUGGCAGCAGCGCACUCGGCGCUCGAGGCCGUCGACGGCAUCGCGGGCGCUCAGUCAAAGUCCAUCCAGGCGCUUUGGUGGACGCAGUAUGUGGCAUUUCAUGCGCUGGUGAUUUCGUAUGUCUGGGAUAUUCAGCGAAAGAGGCGGCUGAGGGGUGGGGAGGGCGCGGAUGCGGUCAGGCAUGCCAAGCUGAUGGCGCUUGCGGAACGCUGUCAGACGUAUCUGGCUGAGGCGACGGCGGCGAACUCGCCUAGUCGGCGGUAUGCUGUUAUUCUGGAGGAGUUGCGCUUGGAGGCUCUGGGGCAGCGCAGCCAAGGUGGGCGGGAGGGGUCUGGUCAGGGGGCUGCGGGUAGCACGGUGAACAAUAGCAAUCGGGCUGAUGUGCGACAGCCUACCGAGUACUGCAGAGGAGCGCAGCAGGAGCAACAAGGGCCAGAGACUGGACAGUCAGCUCUUGCAGUCACUGGUGGUGGAGUGGUGCAGGAUGUCGACAUGGUGGGCGAGCUGAACGAUGUGCUCUUUGCUGGAGGCAUCAACAACCUGUUUGACGGGUGGCGGACGACGGACUGGCUGGAUCUGGACUCGACGGCUUUUGGCUUCUAUAUACAGCACUCACCGGAAUGGAUGACCAACAUGGGGCGUUAGUUUGCCCGUGGUUCAUGACGGAAGUGUGCAGGUUGGGCUCUAAUAGUAACCCAUGGCUCGUGAGAGCUCCGCCAAUAGCAUCUGUCAUAUAUGCAUCUCUUCGUGUACAAGAAGUCUUGACACUGGCAUUCUAUCUCUAUUACAUACCAAGUGCUAGUCUACCACGUCAAAGCAGCCUCAC